CUUGGAGGGUAUUUAAAAGGAAACAUUUUGUGGUUUGAAACCAUAGUUCUCUCUUUCUCUGUGGUGAAGCAACGUUCUUUUUCCCAAAUUUUAAUCAAAUGGUGAAGUGCGUAUGUAGUGUACUUGUUGAGCACUUAGCAACUCAAAGGCCAAAGCUUGGAGCUAAGGAGAGAAAGGAAAAGAAGAGGAAGGACAAGGAGAAGCAAAGAAGGGAAAAUCAAAUCAACGAUUGCAACAAGAAAUUUGAGAAUUACACCCCAUCAAAGGAGGACAAUAAGCUUCCUGACCAAGUAGUCCAUGCGAUCAACAACAACUUUGGGCUAAUUUUGAACCAUACUUGCAAAGGUGGCAUCUCCAAGAUAUGGAGAACAGCACCCAGAGGUUGCAGCUUGGCCCAACAAUCUCCUUAUUGGCUUGAUCUUCCCCAUCUGGAAAUCAAUACAGCCAAACCUUCCAUUGAUAAUAUUACCUAUUCUAAACCCCCCAUUCAUAAUACUACCUAUGGUUAUAGUUAUAAUAUUACCUAUUUGAACCCUUCCUAUUAUAAUAUCAACUAUGCUUUUAGUUUAAAAUUUGAUGAUUCUCCCUUGGGUUUUACAUUGCUUGGAUGGAGACACAAGAACAUUUUACAUUGGAUUGAGGAAGAUUGCACCCUUGUUGGCCCAAACUCAUCAUCAUCCUCUGAUGAAAAAUUUAAAUUUACAAACGCCAUAGAAUUUGAAGGAAAGUUUUAUGCAUUGAGUUUGCAGGGAACCCUAGCAGUUAUCGAUGUUUUCGAGGAUCCUCAACAAAAGUUAAGAGCCAAAAUGUCAAUAAUUCCGGGUGUUAAAAGAGUCAUUCCUUCUUCUUCUUCAAAGGGUUUCAGAGAAUAUCUAGUGGUAUCUGAUGGGGAGAUACUUGUGGUUUUUCUAGUGUCUAUGAGGUUGAUGAAUGUAGUGGAUGAUGUUGAGGUGUUUAGACUUGAUCUUACAAAGAAAAGAGGGUGGAUCAAGAUUGAAAGCUUGGGAGAUCGUAUAUUGGUUGUGGAACACAAUUCUUGUAUGUGUUACUCUGCAAGUAAAGUUGGUAUUGAGUGCCCAAGGAAUUGCAUCUACUUCACCCAUGGAACAGGUGCUGCUGGAUGGUGGGUGUUUGAUUUUGGAAGCAGAAGUAUAUCUCCUGCUUAGGGUGUAGAUUCUGUCUUCACUGGCAAAGUAAUUUAUGUUUCCUAAGAUAUGAUGAUAUGUGUAAUUCUCCAAUCUUAUACAGUAAUACUGUUGGAUGCAAUAUUUAUUGUCUUUAUGAACCUAA